ACACCUUCAAUUACGUCCUUUUCAUUUCCGACAUGUCCUGGUGUCCAUGAAAGUCUGCCCCCACUACAAUCCUCUCCUGCUCUUCCAGUUCUUUAAAUUCAUGCAUAAUACUUGAUUUACUUUUAAAAUCUAACGAAAUAUGAAAUGUAAUCCGAGUUUCACCUUGAACAAUUUGCUAUAAAUGUAAAUGUUACAGGGUCAUGCAUCAUCCCUCCCUGCAAUUGUACGACACUUAAGCUAACAGUCUGCUGGGAAACAGUUAAACUUUGCUGCUGUUGCAAUUGUGGCCAUGGUUUUGGUAUUCAUUUGGAUAGUUGCAUCUAAUAAAUUUCCUUCAGAUGAUUUUCAGUUCAGGAAAACUGAAAUUGAAAAAAAAAAUUCAAAAUGCAGCCUUCCUAAGAGAAUUCUCAUGUGGACAACGCUAUGGGGAGAACAAAGCUUUGGAUGGGAGAAGAUAUUUUAUAGGCAGGUGUCAAGGCAGUGCGAAGAAAGUCGUUGUGAGUUGGUUUAUGACCAUCGUCUGCUAGACUCUGCUGAUGCUGUAAUUUUUCAUCCAAUUGAUCUCCAUCCUGAUUAUGUUCUUCCUGAAUACCAUCCACCCAAUCAGAUCUGGAUCUUCUUUACCUUAGAGGCUCCAGCAGCUGUUGUGGAGGAUCAACAUGUCAAUAUGAGUCGUCUGGGUGGUUUAUUUAAUUGGACAAUGACCUACAGGCAAGAUUCUGAUGUUGUUGUUCCAUAUGGCAAAGUCAUAUCCAAAGUCCUUCCCUCAAACCAUACUCCAAAAGUGAGAGACUAUUGGGCAGAGAAAAGCAAAACUAAGCUUGCAGCCUGGAUGGUAAGCCAUUGUGGAACACUUUCUCGUAGAGAAUGGUUUGUCAAGGAACUCGUUAAGUACAUGAGGGUAGAUGUUUUUGGUCGUUGUGGCUUCAAGAAAUGUGGGAAAAAUAUUUCUUUCAAAACACUGGGAACGUUUGAUCAGUAUAAAUGCAAUGCUGAAAUUGAAACAUACAUGUUCUAUUUUGCAUUUGAAAAUGCUAUAUGUGAUGAUUAUGUUACCGAGAAAUUCUUUGUGGCACUGCAGUUAAAUGUAGUACCAGUUGUGUUUGGUGGAGGGAAUUACGAAGACAUUGCUCCUCCAGACUCCUUCAUCAAUGCCCUAAAUUUUCCUUCCCCAAAAGCAUUGGCACAGUACUUGAAGAUGGUCUCUGAGAAUGCUGCAGUUUAUAACAAAUACCUAGAAUGGAAGAAUUACUAUGAUAUUGAGCUUGGACACCCAUUUAAUCCCCUCAUAUGUGAUCUUUGCACCAAACUACACAAUCAGUCAAGCCUGCAACCACCAGUUGUUACAAUGUCAAGUGCUGAAGCAGCUGGUAUAAUGUUUACUGUCAAGACUAGAGAUCAUACUGGCAGCUAUCCUGAUAUAGAGAGUUGGUUUGUCAAGGGUAGUGCUUGUCGAAGAUGGUGGGCAGGCCCCCAUGAUUAUCGGAAACAUUGGAAUUUAUGAAGCCUUUAAACUACAGCUGCUUUUGUUAAAUUUGGGGAUAUAUGAAAAACCUCUUACUUUCAUAUUUUUAAUACAAUUCAAAAUAAGUGUUUAUACAAAAAUAAAUAUCUUACAAUUUACAUGUAUAUUUGUUUUAGAAGAUAUAUUUGUUUAGAUGUGUGCACAUUGUUUUUGUUGAUGGGGCUGAGAGACAAUUUACGGUGAGUAGUUUAGAAUUAUUAUAAACUUAUAUAAGCCCACAGUAAGUGGAAUUAAAUAAUACCUGAAUUUU